AUGGCUUACGACAAUACAACAAAGGGGAAAGAAGAAAAACUCGCGGAGAAAACACUUAAAGACACUGACUUAAUCGCCACAAGCGAAAUGAAAAAUAAUUUUGUAAAGAACAAAAUGGAAAAGGUACAGGAGAAAACCGACGAUUGGAUCGACUUAAAUUUCUUCCAGAAAGCCAAACGCUUGAUAUCUCUAAUAACAGUUGAACCGAUACUUGCUGGUUACGUCAUGCCUUCGGUACUUUCUGCUCUCGCUACGCAAAAUUUGUAUUUGGAGAAAGCGUGCAGAGUAAAUUUAGCCUUCGAUCACCACAUUUGUGAUGCCUUAACCAAAAGAGAUACCGCUAAUUACACUUUCGAAGAAGAAGCAGUGCAGACACUCGUAGCGUCUGUAGCUGGAUGGAAAACUGUAUUGCAAUCGUUUCUUCCAUGUGGGAUUUUAAUAUUCUUAGGCGCGUAUAGUGAUAGAGUUGGACAGAGAAAGAUUUGCAUGCUAUUACCCAUAAUAGGCGAAUUCCUGACAAGUAUUGGCCUUAUAGUGAAUACGUACUUUUUCUACGAAUUGCCGGUGGAAGUUGCAGCAGUGACCGAAGCCAUAUUCCCUGCAUUGACUGGAGGAUGGUUCACCAUGUUUAUGGGAGUGUUUAGUUUUAUAGCUGAAGUGACGACCGAGGAUCAAAGAACGUUACGAAUCGGAAUCGUGAAUUUAUUUUAUUCUUUAGGAGUCCCCGUUGGAGCGGCUUUAAGUGGAAUUUUAGUCAGAAAAAUCGGCCUAUAUGGAGUGUUUUCUUUAAGUGCCUCGUUAUAUGUUUUGAGUUUUCUAUAUGCUUUCUUCAGGAUAAAGGAAGUCAAACGAAUUAAUACAAGUGUGAAGCCAACUAAUAACUGCUGCGAGUGGUUACGAGAUUUCUUUGAUACACGCUAUGUAAAAGACACUAUAAUGGUGGCAUUCAAGAAUGGACCAAAUAGGAGACGUUUACGAGUUAUUAUGCUAGUAAUCGUGCUGUGCGUAGUUAUUGGACCAAUUUACGGUGAAAUGUCAGUCAUGUAUCUGUUCACAAGAUAUCGUUUUAAUUGGAACGAAGUGGAUUUCAGCAUGUUCUCGACUUACGCUAUGUGUACUUCAUUAGUAGGCACUUUGUUUUCUGUGGGCGUAUUUAGCCACGUACUAAAAUUUGAUGACGCAAUCAUUGGUGUCAUAUCAUGUACGAGUAAAAUUCUAUCUGGCUUCAUGUACGCGUUUGCUACUAAAUCCUGGCAUAUGUACAUAGCACCGCUUGUCGAGGUUUUCAACGGAACUUCGUUUAUAGCAAUGCGGUCUAUGGUGUCAAAACUAGUGGACAAAGAUGAACUAGGUAAAGUGAACUCGUUCUUUGGAGUAGCGGAAGCCAUGAUGCCUUUAGUAUACGCACCAAUGUAUACUACAGUAUACACAGCAACCAUCAAGACAUUCCCCGGUGCCUUCUUCCUAUUGGGCGGUGGUCUCACAAUACCCGCUGUACUUAUAUUUUUAUGGUUAUAUUUGGCAAACAAGAAAUUUCUCGCAAUUGAAACCUCUAACAAAGAUAAAGAAGUCAAUGAAGAACGUGAAAAAGGACGAGAAAACAAAGCAUUCGAGAGUGAUGAUCAAAAACAUAAAGUCGAAGCCAUCCCAGAAAAUCCAGAUAGUGUUGCCGCACAGAUAGAAAUAGGUUUCACACAAAGUAUGGUUUGCACAAGUAAGCUAUAA